AUGGAGAGUACAGCCAUGGCCGUCCCUACCAAAAAGACCCCGGCAACCAUUUCAUCUCGAAGUGCUCUCCGUGCAACGGCGGCCGCCUUCCACUUUAAACCUCCCACACCAUACGGGGCAUCCACCAUUGUUGCCGGCCAAGCGCCUUCCCACAUCGAAUGUCGAACAAGUGCAGCGACCUACGAAAACGGCUUCUUCAGCAAGGCUCCGAGCCCUCGUUCAGCCAUGCCUGGACUUUUGCAAAACCCUGGUGCCAGACAACAAGACCGUCUUUCAGCAGACAGUUCUAGAAGUAAGAGAAGCAAUACCUUGAAUAUCUUUAAACGAUCUGCGGAUACAGACGAGCUUAAGACUCACUCCACCAAUGGAUAUACUACACCCUGUCAACCCAGAAUCCUUGGGGGCAUUAGCCGAUUCCAGACACAAGAGUAUCAUGAAUCUGCUGACCAGUACUGGCGAGACGAUCAAAUCCACUUCACGCCUUCGAACGCAUCAUUUGUUGUGGGUAUGCUAGCCCGUAAACAUAUUGCGGUCCGCCACAAGAUCGGGACCCAAGCCACAGUUCCUAUGCCUUCGAGGAACCAACUUUUCGACCUUUACAAAAGUGGAGAAUUGGAAGCAGCUCAGCAGCCGGUGGUUUGCAGCGACAACAAUUGUCCAUGUGAACUAGCGGUGCAGACUUUACAACAGAAAGUCGAGUUGCAACAGGACGAAAUAUUCCACCUCGAAAUGUCACGUAGUCAAACCAGCAAGCAGUGCCAGCAUUCAAACCUACAUUCACAGUGGGAGGCUUCCGUCAGUCGGGUGGCAGAGCUAGAAAGCGAGAUCGCUACCGCAGAAAGUGAGAAGAAGGAAGCCGAGGCGCGAAGCAGUGCUCUUCAAAAUCACAAUGAUGCUUUGACGCAGCAGAAUAUAGAUCUGCAGCGGAAGUUGACAACGAUCGAGGAAGAGAAGGAAAUUGCCGACCGCAGAAAAGCCACGAUGGAGGAUAUGAAGAGAAAGAUCGCAGAGAGCAAGGCAUCGGAGAAAUGCUGCACCAGUCAGCUCUCCGCCUUGGACACGACGCCAGCACCAGCGUUUACACCAGCAAAGAUUCAACCAAGUCAUGAUGUGUUGACUUUAGGCACGAUUUUGCCACAAAGAACCGUUCUUCAGGGGGGCAGCCUGAGGAAUGGUGAGCUUUCGAGGAGUGCAACUCCGAAGAAUGCCAGCUCACUCAAGAUCCGGUUCAGAGCUUUACCAGAUUGUGGACUUGAAAGCUAUUGA